AUGAAAUUCCUGGCUCUUGUGGCUUUCCUGCCUGUUCUUGCGACCGCCGACCGUCCCUUCAAUGAGACCGGCAGAUUUGAGAAGGAAAUGUUGGCGUUGGCUGAGAAGCGCAUCAACGACGCCUGCAAUUGCGCGUUCUACAGGAAGAUCACGAAAGUCAUUGACGGCGAGGUGGAGAAAUUUAGGAUGCUUUUGCUGACCACCUUCCGCAUUGCCAUGGGCGAUACGGACUGCAUGAAGAGGAGUGGGGUAGGUUGAUUUGAAGACAAGUAAAUUGGCUGACCAGGGAGAAGGGGAUUUGAAGGGGGAUCGACCGGUCGGUGAAGACGAGAAGACCAACGAGAGAAGUAUUUAUUUCACACAAUAGCAGGAAAAGUGAUUAUGAAGUGACCAGAUCCGUGGCUUUUAUAGGGAAUGAGCGAACUUAUGCAAAUUUGGGUCUAGUGCCAACGACAAGUUUGUACAGAGUCCGUACGAAUCGCAAAGGAGGAAAUGUUGGGUUAGGUUUUUGUGUCCCUAUGCAAGGAUUUGUCCCCAUAAGAACAAUUAUCAGUCUGUUGGAAAAAUAAUGUGGGCUCGUCGCGCCUUAGAAUCACCUAUCAGUCUGUCGGAAAAAUAACGUGGGCUCGUCGCGCCUUAGGCACCUAUUGUCGCUGUGCGACAGCUACCCCAGGCUGCAGCUUUGGAACGUGACUGCGACAUGGGGAGACAUUUUGCUGCGACAAAUCCACAUUAUUUUCCCGUCAAAUCCACAUGAUUUCCCCGAUAUACUAGUUGACCGAUUUUUGGGGCCACCGGCGCCUUAUGUUUUGGUUUGUGAAUCCCACCGUAAUAUGCCAUACAACGCAUUCAUACAAAGAACAAUUCGACUGGCCUCUGAGGCAAUUCGAGGCAAGAAUCUGUCGGGAAAAUAUUGAGAACCCCGUCAAAGAUCGCAUCGCAGUCCAGAAAAUUAAUUGUGUUGCAGCAAAAUCAAGCUGCUGUUCGCCUAGCGCAGUGACAUUGUACUCAUUAUUUUCCCGACAGACCGAUACUUUCAUCAAAUCAUUGAUUUCAGAUCGACUGCGCCAAGAAGGGAAGAGUAAUCUCCAGCAGACGAGAAUAUUAUAAGGUGGUCAUUAAAUCAUACGGCUUUAAGCCGUAUGAUGUGAAAUUCCAACGCAUCCCAAAGUCAGACAUGCCUGGAAAGUCGACCACUGUUAACAUCAGCUAA